GAUCAUCUCACAAAGGCUUUAUCCACUACCAUCACUGUUGGAAAGUGUGUUCUGCCUGAACCAAUUUGGGAUUCUGUUAACAGGUUGUGCUGUUCUGGGAGAAAGGAAAUGUGCAUUGUACGUUUCAAACCUGCUACGAGAGGAGAUGUUUGCCCUUACACCUUGUAUUACUCAUAUUUAAACAGCCGGCAGAGGUAUGGUGCUGUGGUACUUGAACAGAAGUCACCUAAGAGCAUAUAUCUCAUACCUCUUCCCGCGUUACAGAAAAUUCCAUCCAGAUUGCCACCACUCAGCGGUCCAGGUUUGGAAUCAUCACACUCCGAUCUGUUGCUGGCAUUAACAUUCCCCAAGAAGCAACACUCAUCAAGUACCUUCAGGAAGCCUUAUGAAUGUAGAAGUAGUACUGAUAGGUACCUUCAGGAAAACAAAUGUAGACAAAAAUGCACUGAAAACAUCAACAAAGAGCACCUUUCUGACCACUCUUCAGCUAAACAGGGAGCCCAAACAAGCACCCUGCCAAUGUUACCCAUCUUGCCCUUCACCCAACUAAGGGAGUGUCAAGACAAGCCAUCAGAUUUGCUGUCUGGAAACCUAUUGUCCAGUGAAGAACAGUCCUCUUCUACUGACCUAGCAAAUAACUUUGCUGUUGAUUUAUUUCAAUCCUCCUACGGUCAAGACCAGGUGUCACAUGGGAUAGAAAAUAUGUUUGGAGCUUCUGCUUUUCUGGGUGAAUGGGCAAAUGAUGGACAAAAUGAGGACUUUGUCACAAAUGAACAAGAUCAUCAUGGGAAUGAUGCAGGGAAAGAAAGUGAGAGCAUGACAAGAAGUAAAAUGUUCAACAUUGAAACAAACCUAUUAGAUCAUUUUAAGCCAGCAGACAUCUUAACUGAAAACUUUCUACUCAGUGAGACCCAAUUGAAUUCAGCACUUAAACAAGAGGUAGAGUCAAAGAUAGAAGGGAAUGAACUGACAAACAAACAAGAGGCUCUUGGAGCUGUGAGUGCCCAGUACACACAAGAUAUGCAAACCUAUAUUAAAGAACUGGAUAAAUUAUUCACUAAUGUUCCAGUGAGCGCUUUUUCACAACAUGAAGAUUGUAACCAUCUGCGCUCCACAAUCUCUUGCUGCGCUGAAGUUUUGAACCAUCUUCUAUGUACUAGUGACAACAGUCGAGCCGCUGAGCUUCAGAUCCAAAUAGAUCCAUAUGGAAAUCAUUGUAACACCACAGCAAGUCAGGAAAGUUCUGAACAUAUUCUUCAAUCUGAUAAUCCAUUUCCAUUACACUCAGCUCAGACACCCAAUAACUUUCAACAUUUUGGCCACAGUGGAACCAUGACUCUAGAGCCUAGUGUUCCCUUUCCUGUUUUGCUAGCUAAUGAAGUGACAAUGGAACAAGUAGAGGCUCCAUUUCAAAAUGGAUCAACUUCUCUUUAUCCCUUCAGGUUUAAUUCUUCUCAUGAUCAAACAGGAAUAGAUGCAGAGUUGCACCAACCUCCAAGGCAACAUUUGUUCUCUCCCUAUUGUCCCAUCCUGCAUCACCAUUAUACAGAUAUACACGUGGACACACAUAAGAUCCAACAAUGCUCUCAGGAGUUCUCUCAUGCUGCAGUGAUUGAGUCUCAUAACGUCCAAUAG